AUGGAAUCUGGAAGUGAAGGUUCAUCUUCUGAAAGAUUCCAAAUAACUGAUUUUGGUGUGAAAUGUUUUGUGGUAGGAGUUGAAGUUAAAUUUGAUGAAAUCGUACUUAUGCGUGGAAGAUUUGGCUGUAAAAUCAAUGAUGAUGUUGAUGUUGAUGUUGGAGAAGUAGAAAUUGAUAAUUAUGAUUAUGAGGUACUUGUGAGUACUGAUAAAGAUAAAGAACAUAACAUGAAGAAGAUUGAGAAGAAUAGAUGA